CCAAGUAGCCUUGGCCACGAGAAGCAGAAAAGGCCUUGUCCAAGACCCCACUUCAGAGUCCAGCCUCCAGCAGAGGGUAGAAUGGCAGCCAGUCUAGAGGACCACAGAUGGCGCCCUGUGGCCCUUGUGAUGCCCACCCCUCCCUGCCUGGCUCACUCACCUCCCUGCAUCCGGCUGCUGGCACUGCUCCUUGUCCUCUCAGGACCUUCUGAGCAGAGCAACGGGGAUGAGUGGCAGGUGCUGCAGCCCGAGGGCCCCAUGCUAGUGGCAGAAGGUGAGACCCUCCUGCUUAGGUGUGCAGUAGUCGGAUCCUGCACCGACGACAUGAUAAAAUGGAUCAAGGUGAGCAAUCAGGACCAACAGGAAAUUUAUAACUUCAAACAUGACCUCUUCCCCGGAGUGACGCCCAUGACCCAGAAGACACUGGAACCACUUAACUGCGACUAUUCCAUCUAUAUCCACAAAGUCACCAGCGAGCAUGCUGGAACCUACCACUGUGUGAGGUUUGAUGGCUUGAGUGAGCACUCAGAAAGGAAGCUGGGUGAGGGCACCUCAGUGCUUGUGAAGGGAGCUGGAGACCCAGAGCCAGACCUCCGGAUCAUCCAACCCCAGGAGCUGGUGUUGGCAACCACUGGAGACACUGUCUUCCUGAACUGUACGGUGCUUGGAGAUGGUCCCUCGGGACCCAUCAGGUGGUUUCGGGGCACUGGUCUGAGCCGGGAGGCCAUUUACAACUUUAGAGGCAUUUCCUCCCCCAAUGUGACAGCGGUCCAGGCCUCCAACAGCGAUUUCAGCAUUCUUCUGCACGACAUCUCCACUGAGUCUGCAGGCACUUAUUAUUGUGUAAAAUUUCAGAGGCAACCCAGCAGGCAAUACCAAUCUGGACAGGGCACCAGGCUCAGAGUGAAAGCAAAGCGCACCUCUCCCGAAGAGUCAGAAUUCACCAGUGAACGUGUAGUCAAGAUGUCUCCAUCAGGCCUCCUGUCCAUGCUCACACUUGUGGUCUUGGGGCUAAAGGCAGUGACCUUGGCUGUACUUCUGCUGGUCCUGGUUGCCCGCCGGAGGAGCCCUUGACAAGAAGACGUCAAAACUUCAGGCCCAGCAGAGCUGUGCUCAUCUUAGCAUGGGGUGUUGGAUGAGGGGUCAGCCCCAGAGUGGAUCCUCUGAGUCAGAGAGGGCUCAGGGCUCCCCAGCCACUUCUCUGUCUCCAGUUCCAACCUCUAGAUGCCCCCAGACCACAUGACGAACUCCGGGAUCACUACACCUGAUUUCAGUUCACUUGGUGUAAUUCCCCAUCGGGUGCUGGGCUCCCCUCUGAUGUGCCUUCCUCUCUCUUCUCAGCCUGUUCAAGCCCUCUUUGUCCUUCAAGGCCUUGCCCAGGUCUCUCUCAAGGCCCCUGUCCCUGCUGCAGCCCCUUCUGGAGUGCCCAUCCCCUUGCUCUCUGCUCCAUAUUUUCUCAUUCUUCAAGAUCCAACUUGGAGUCCUUCCCAAAAGGUUUCCCUGAGCGUCUCUGAGCUUGCCCAGCCAGACCACCUGUGCCCCUCCAUCUACAUCCUUCUCUCCUCUUUUCCUGCCUUCUUUUCUUCCCUGCUGUGGCUGGCCUGGGUGGCUGUAAUAGUUAGAAUACAGAGUUGACAACUUUAACAAAACUGUUAAGUAACAGUGGCUCAAACAGUGACUCGAGAAAGUUGGUUUUGGUAGUGAUUUUCAAGCAUAAGAAGGCCAGGCAAUUAGGGGGAACCCUGGUAUUGAGACCCAGGAUUCUUUGAUCUUGUUGCUACCAGGUCCACAUCCCAGGCAGAAAGACCAGGGAAGGAGGCAGUGCAGGAGAGCAUGACAUUUUCUUCCAAGGGCAAAGUUAGAAAUUUGCCUGCAUUGUAUGUAAUUGGCUGGAAUGUUGUCACAUGGCCACACCUAGCUGCAAGAAGGCUGGGAAAUGUAGUCUUUAUUCUGGCAAGAGUGUGCCCAGCUGAAAUCCGUCACUGGAGAACCAGAGAGUUAAUAUCAGUAGAUAACCAGUGAUGUCCACCUCCGUGGCAUAGAGGCAGCUUCUUCCUUGUUCCAUGGGACACCUGAGUUCAGUUCCGAGCAGAAAUGGCACCUCUUUGUACCACCUCCUCCACUAGGGCAGCAUGAUGAAGGGGAGUAGUUCUCAAGAAAAGUAUAUCUUUCUCCCCAGGGGACAUAUGACAAUGGCUAGAGACAUUUUUGGUUGUCACAACUUGGGGGGGCACUGUUGCCAUCUAGUGGGUGGAGGUCCAAAAUGCUGCUGAAUAUCCUAUAAUGCACAGGGCAGACCUCACAACCAAAAAGUUACCUGGCCCAAAGUAUCAGUAGCACUGAAGUUGAGAAGCUCUGGUGUAGGUGAAGCAGGCAUGCCCUGAAGUCAGACACAUCUGAUUUCUAAUCUUGAAGCUCCUACUCCCUCCCUGUGUGCCAUUAGUAACAAAUCAGUCAUUGCACCUCUUAGAACAUAAAGUGGACUCUGCAUUGUAUAAGAAGUGAUUCAAUUCAGCAUUGACUGAGGGCUUCCUAGGUGCCGUGUGCUCUGUGUAUGGUCAGUGCACGAGAACUCCCUUUUCUCUUUCCACGCAAACACUUAGCACCUACCAUGUGGGGGAGUGGAGCAGUCUGGAUGUUUUUUGUUAUAACAAACAGAAAAACAGCUUGAACAAAACUAAGCCUAAGGGGCCAUUAAUUUAGUCUCAUGUUUUAUGCCAGUUUCAGUGUAUCUUGAUGACCAGUGUUGUGGGUGGACCAGCCCUUGUUGUUCUUAUUAUGAUUGCAAGAUGCCCUUCGGUGAUAGCCAUCACGGGACUCUGAAAAAAUAGUUUAUUACUUAUAAGACCUGUAAAUUACACAGCACUCCUGGAGGAGGUGAGGCGGGGGCAUGUCACACAGCGAGGUGGCCAAGGUAGGUCAAAGUUAGGGAGAGAGAGGAACGGAGGGAGGGGGAGAGAGGGAAGAGAAAGCAUGCCUGAGGUUCUGUUUUAUUGGGUUUGGUGGGCUCACUAUUGGUGAAUUUAAAACAUAAAAGCAAAAAUUUAAAGUAUAGGAAGAGAGGGGAAGGGUGUAGCUCAGUGGUAGAGUGCAUGCUUAUCAUGCACAGGGUCCUGGGUUCAAUCCCCAGU